UCCACCUUCUUCAUUGACUUGUGCCGCCCUUCGCUUCCGAAAGCUUACUGCCUUUUUCCCGCCGAUCGCCUUCUGCUUUCGUUUGCUCUCUCACCUGGUCGUCUCGCCAUGGGUCGCAAGAGCAGCAGCCGUAGCUCCGGCGGAGGCUCCCGUUCUUUGUUCAGCAAACCUCCUGCCAAGAAAGCUGCUUCUCAUCCGGUCCAUAAGUCCAGCUCCACCGGAUCUGUGCUGGGAGGAAUCGGAGGUGCUAUUGCUGAUGGACUGGGCUGGGGAGCUGGAACUGCAAUCGCUCACAGGGCUGUGGAUGCUGUCUUUGGUCCUCGAACCGUGAGGCAGGAAACUGUUGCCGCCGCGCCGCAGCAGACUGCUCCUACUGCCGACGCCAAUGCUUGUGGCUUGCACUCCAAGGCUCUGCAAGAUUGCUUGAACAACUUUGGGACGGACGUGAGCAAGUGCCAGGUGUACAUGGACAUGUUGGCUGAAUGCCGCAGCGGCUCUUCUUCGUCGUCUGGAGGGGUGCUGUCUGCUUGAUUCUGACGAAAACAUGCUUCCAAUCUCUCUCGGUGGAGUAGCAAAGUAUCAAAGUAGUAGGAGUCGUAGUAGUUGUUAAUGGAACUCUUGGCCUGUUAUGUUGGGAUGGUUUGACGUUUGGUUGUUGAAGCGAAAGGCUUUGUUUUGGGAUGAUGGAUAUGGGUCGGUCGGUUUGGACUUUUGAUCAGGAUUCUAUGCCUAGCAGUGGGUAUGGAUUAAUGGUUGAACCGAAACUAUUCUAUUCUGCUCGGUUUACUGUUGCCAAGCAUGGUUUUGGGUUAGCUCACUAUCAUUUAAUAAUUAGUUUAUUAAUUAAUGAACUAAUUAUUAAUCUAGGGCUG